AUGGCAAAGGAAAAAUUCGACUUGAUCCUCACUGAUACCCUGUUCGCAGCAUGUGCUUAUGGAUUUACCACGCUCAAUCAGUGGAUAGCUUAUGUUUUUUUUUUUAGAAAUUUCGUUCUCACACCACGUCACUUCAUGCCAGUUGAUGAUGCUGAAUUCAAGCCGGCGUUCUUUUCAUACCGCCUAGCCAGCACACUGGAAUGGAUAGGAAACUUCAUUAUAAGCGGGAUCAUUGUUGGGGAAAGAAUAAAAAUGGCUUUAGCUCCAGCUGUGCCAUCAUUCAGCUUUUUCGAAUACCAUAGAACCGCAUCAGCAGCACUCACUGACAUGCCGACCGAUCUGCUUGGGCCGUUUCCUAGGACGAAUGAUGUGAGUGAUCGGAGUACUUGUCUUGCUGUUGAAAUUUCACCUUGUCAACAUUUAGGCACGGUAAUUAACUGGGGCAGAACCCCGAAGUCCAAGUUUAAAGCCGUGCUCGAAACACUGAAUUCCCUGACGGACUACCGUAUCGUAUGGGCUUACAACGGCAAAAAGAUGAAGAUGAAGCCACACAUAUAUGCCUCAUCAUGGAUACCUCAAGUCGAUGUGCUCUUCAAUAACCGGACAGUUCUAUUCUUCAGCCAUGGUGGCCUCAAAAGUAAUCUCGCUAAUCCUAAUAUGCUUCUGGACGAUGAAAAUGAAAUAAAUGCGAUCAGCUGCAGUUACAACUUCAGUGUGAAAGAAGCGACAUGCUCGUCGGUGCCUUCAAUUUUCAUGCCGAUGUUUGCUGAGCAAGUGAGGAAUGGAUGGAUGGCGAAGAAUAAGGGUUAUGCUGAAGUGUUCAGCAAGCAUAAUUUGACCACAGAGAAUCUGACAGCAGCUAUGAAGCGGGUUCUCGAAAAUAGAAGAUUUAACUCAAAUGCGGCCCGUAUGACCACGUUCUUCAACGAUAAAGUCGUCCAUCCACUGGAACAUGGUGUUCACUUCGUAAAUCGGCUUCUGAAAUACGGUGGACGGAUGCCAGAGUUUUUCUACCCUCGUGGAAGAUCGCAUACUGGUUCUUUUAUGGCACUCAUCAACAAGCUGAAAAACGAUGGCCAUCAGGUGUUUCUUUAUAUGGAAGCAUAUCCUGAUGAGAUGAAUUUUGGACUGGAAGAUCGAAUUCUAAGGAUCAAAAAUCAUUCCAAUCCCUUUGCGGAUGAUAAGUUCCAGACCUUCUUAUGGCAAGACGAUUAUGGCGUCACAGAUCAGAGACUUCCAUUUUUCUACGGGGCCGGCAGUUGUGAGACUGUACUAAAAGAGCAUCGUGACUUCUUUGAUGAAAUGGUGAAGGAGAAAUUCGACCUGAUUCUCACUGAUACCCUGUUCGCCGCAUGUGCUUAUGGGAUUGCCACACUCAAUCAGGCACAUCAUGUACUAAUGAGUUCGACUCACAUUGAAUCUGCUACUGGUUCCAUGCGAGCUCAUGGAAUAAAUUUCGUUCUCACACCACGUCACUUCAUGCCAGUUGACGAUACUGAAUUCAAGCCGUCGUUCUUCUUAUACCGCCUUGCUAGCACACUGGAAUGGAUAGAAAACUUCGUGAUAAACGGGAUAAUAGUUGGAGAAAGAAUGAAAAUUGCCUUAGCUCCAGUUGUGCCAUCAUUUAGAGCUUCAUUCACUGUUGCGCAGUCCACAACAUCGAAUCGCAUGUUGAAUGAAUCUGUAUUCAUACCAUUUUUUCUCUGUUUUGAAGUUCAUUUCCGUGUUUUGAGCUUUUUCGAGUACCACAAAACCGCAUCAGCUACACUCACUGACAUGCCGACCGAUCUGAUUGGUCCAUUUCCAAGGACGAAUGAUCUUCUCGAUUAUGGUGCUUAUUGUCCGACACCAAAACGAUUGACUGGGGAACUACUCGAAUUUGUCUCCGAUCCGAAAUCGAAAGGAACAAUUCUCGUUGCUUUUGGUAGGAACUUUCUCAGAACUGAAAAAAAUCGCAUAUCGAUGAACAAAAUACCCUCCUUACAAAAAAAUUAUCACAAAAAUACAGGCACGGUGAUUAACUGGGGACAAAUUCCGAAGACCCAGUUCGAGGCUGUGCUUGAAACACUGAGUUCCCUGACGGACUACCGUAUCGUAUGGUCUUACAACGGUAAAGAGAUGAAGAUGAAGCCACAUAUAUAUGCAUUGAAAUGGAUACCUCAGGUCGAUGUGCUCUUCGAUAACCGAACAGUACUAUUCUUCAGCCAUGGUGGCCUUAAGAGUUAUGACUUUAGUGUGAAAGAAGCAACAUGUUCGUCGGUGCCUUCCAUUUUCAUGCCGAUGUUCGCCGAGCAAGUAAGGAAUGGAUGGAUGACGAAGAAUAAGGUGAGCCGUCACGGUUGUGCACUUAUUGAACGAUCCGAAAUUUCCAGAGGUUAUGGUGAAGUAUUCAGCAAACAUAAUUUGACCACCGAGAAUCUGACAGCAGUUAUGAAGCGGGUUCUUGAAAAUAAAAGAUUCACCUCAAAUGCAGCCCGUAUGACAAUGCUCUUCAACGAUAAAGUCAUACAUCCACUGGAACAAGGUGUUCACUACGUGAAUCGACUACUGAAAUACGGUGGACGAAUGCCAGAGUUUUUCUACCCCCGUGCUAUUACACGUGAUUAUCUUUCAUACCUUAAUCUGGACAUAUUCGUAAUUCCUUUGAUAACUGUAAUUGGUAUCUCCUAUUGA